AGAGCACGCGAUAGCGGAUCAGAAGAUCGAGGCCAAGAACGAGCCAACGGCUCACAAGAGCCAAAGAAGUCCCAAACCGGUCAAGAAGUUCGACAAGGAUGAUAAGAAUAAGGAGAACAAGCAAGAGAAGAUGACAGGAGAGCAGAAGAAACAGGAUAAGCCUGAGAAGAGGGACAACUAUAUACCUAGGGGCGAACCGUCUCGUCAUGGUCGUGGAGGCGGCGCGUUCCGUUCCGGAGGUGGCGCUGGAGGCCGCAUGGGCGGGCUCGGCAAACGUUUCGAUGGGUACGGUCCUCCGCCAUCGAAGAGCCCGUUCAGCAGCAGCCACCCCAUGAAGAUACCAAGGAUAAGAAAAGUGCUAAAGAGGAGACGGGCACACAGCAAGCGAGCACCACUGACAAUUCCUCACAGCAACAGACAAAAUCAAGCAGCAACAACAAGCCCCUUGCGGCUGGCAUAA